GGUCGCCCUUGUAGUGCAGGCCGCCUUGCUUCCACGCCUACAUGUCAGCAGGUUUGGUCUGAUUGCAGGGAUGGUGUCGACUAGUGUGGUCCUAGCCCGGAUCAAGAUGCGGUUAUGGAUACGAUGGGGUUGUGGAAUGCACCUAAUAGGCCAGACGUCGUUUUCCUGGAACCAGCGAAGUUGCUUCAGCUGUUGGGGUUGUUCCACUUAUACUGCCCUUGGCAUGGAGGGGCGUGUUGCAUGGAGGUUGAUUCCAUCGUGUAUCCUGGCCAGUUGUGUCGGUUGGUGCUCGUUUGUAAGUGUCGUUGUCAAUGGACGUGGCACUCAGCGCUUGUUGCAAAUACUGUGUACACAUCUCGAUUGCAACAGCAGAUGUAUCACACGACGGCUGCCACGGGUUUGAUGUACACCUUGCUCGAUACCUUAUGUGUUGCUUUGGGCAUGUCCUAUGUGCAUAAACCAACUUUCUAUAAGUUUAUGCACACCGAGGCCAAUAUGCAGGAGGGGUGGAAUUUGAAGGUAUGCAGACAAGAUGUUCGAUAUUGUGAGUUAGUCCUCAAAACGGUUAUGCAAAGAGGUGAGUCUGUCAUUCUCAUGAUCGAUAAGCGCUACGACUUGGCAAGGUCCGUGCAGCACUGCAGUGUGACAGCCAUCGAGUACGAGACUCGCCUUGUGUUGGGUGUCCACACUCUUCGUCCAAAAACGGAGGGCAAGGCGUCCAAUCAGCUUGAGGCGCCGACUGUCUUGUGCCUGCUACGAGGCUUGCUUGGGAAGGGGUUGCACAUCAGGACGGUUGUGACGGAUGACUAUGCAGCGUUGGGUCCUCAACUUCGCAAUCGGAAUAUUGCUUGGCAGAAAGACUGCCACCAUGAAAUGAAGAACAUUCACAGGCACUUCCAAAAGAUCUUGAAGUUGAAGGAGGCAAAAAAAUUGAGUAGCCAUCAUGACUGCGUGCCAGAAGCUCAGUUGAUGCAUUUCACGAAGAAGGACAUGCUAACAGCUCUGUUUGACAGAUUUGGUGUGGGUGUUCUUACGGCGAAAGAAAAGAAAUUGAAGAAAUCGAAUUUUGUCGGGGUUGUGCUGAAGAAGAUAUACCCUUAUGGCAUGUUGACGAACAGUCGACUUUUAACUAUCGAUCCUGCUGGUGUGACAAAGUUUCAUGCACACGAGGUUGGGAUGUGGUUCCUCCGCGCUUCUGAGCUCUGCAGGGAUGAGGGUGGAGAUGUUGUGAAUUUGCAUGAGGAUAUCAUGAUGAUCACUGGUCACUGGGCAGGAGAUCACACGAGGUGCAUUGGGGAAAGGCAAAUUUUGUGUGAGAAGGUUGCGGGUCCAACCGUUUACCUUUGUACACCCGCCACGACACUGUGUAUGGAGUGAUUGUCUCCCUUUUGGGGAAACACUGGAGCACUAACAUC